UUGAGAUUCGUAGAUAGAAACAUAUAACGCAGAUAUCCGAGCAAUGUUACUACACGAGAGUGCCGCCAGCAUGGAACAGAGUAUGCCCGAGAACCUCAGCACUCACAUGUACGGCGAGUGUGAAGUGAACCCAACAUUGACCCAAAAGGGUCCUGAUCCAGUGGACGGCGAUCAGGACCUGCCCACCAAAGAAUCCUGUGCCCCCACUACGAUAGUCAGUUCAUCGCCAACCACAGCCACAAGCGCCACCAAAGUCAAGCUGAGCUUCAGUGUGGAUCGGCUGCUGGGCUCGGAGCCCGAUGAAUCGCACAGAAGGAGCUCCUCCUCGCCAGCGACCAAGUCCUGCUGCGAUGGCGGCAUCCUCGCCUGCUGCUCCUUCCCACACUGCUUCAGCCAGGCGAAUGCCGAGCCCCGUAGGUUUGGACAUGCUACGCUUCCUGCGACUUUCACACCCACUUCAUCGCACCCCUACCCCUAUGUGGGUCUGGAUAAGCUGUUCCCCAGCCCGUUCAUGGAUUACAAAUCAGUGCUCAGACCGACACCAAUCCGGGCAGCAGAACACGCGGCACCCACUUAUCCCACGCUGGCCACGAAUGCGCUCCUCCGCUUCCAUCAACAUCAGAAGCAGCAGCAUCAGCACCAGCAUCAGCAGCACCAGCAGCAUCACCAGCAGCAUCAGCCGCAUCAUCAGCACCAUCCCAAACACCUCCAUCAGCAGCAGAAGCCCCCGCCACACAACCCGACGACAGCCGCGGCGCUACUGGCGCCCCUCCACAGCCUCACGAGCCUCCAGCUGACGCAGCAGCAGCGAUUUCUGGGCAAGACGCCGCAGCAGCUCCUGGACAUCGCGCCCACCUCGCCCGCCGCAGCCACAAACCAGAACGGUGCACAUGGACAUGGACAUGGAGCUGGUGGCAAUGGCCAGGGCAACGCCUCAGCUGGGAGCAAUGGGAAGCGCAAGCGCUCCUGGUCACGCGCCGUCUUCACGAAUCUGCAGCGCAAGGGCCUGGAGAUUCAGUUCCAGCAGCAGAAGUACAUCACCAAGCCAGAUCGCCGCAAACUGGCGGCACGUCUCAAUCUCACCGACGCCCAGGUCAAGGUGUGGUUCCAGAACCGUCGCAUGAAGUGGCGGCACACGCGGGAGAAUCUGAAGAGCGGCCAGGAGAAGCAGCCAAGUGCAGUGCCCGGAUCCGGCGUUGUCUUCAAGGCCUCCACGGCAUCCGGAGGGAGUACGCCCCAGGAGCCACUCGACUACAGUUCGGAUAGCUGCUCCAGCGUGGAUUUGAGCGAGCAGGCCGACGACGAUGAUAACAUUGAAAUAAAUGUGGUGGAGUAGAGCUGCCUAUGUUAUGUACAUACAUAGCUCUGUUUACACGUGUAAAAUGCCAUGUAGAUGUAUUUAUUCCUUCAUUGCUACUCGUAGUUGUAAUGUAAUGU